GGUGGUUGGGCCCGGAGGCCGCCCCGCAGCCGCUGGAGCCGCCGGGCGGGAGGGCGGGAGGAGCGGCGGCAGCAUGUCGGUGGCGUUCGCGGCGCCGCGGCAGCGCGGCAAGGGCGAGAUCACGCCCGCCGCCAUCCAGAAGAUGUUGGAUGAAAAUAACCAUCUCAUUCAGUGUAUAAUGGACUAUCAGAAUAAAGGGAAGACCUCGGAGUGUUCUCAGUACCAACAGAUGCUGCACACGAACUUGGUCUACCUGGCUACGAUAGCAGACUCGAACCAAAACAUGCAGUCUCUGCUGCCAGCACCGCCCACGCAGAACAUGCCUCUGGGCCCCGGAGGGAUGAACCCGGGCGGCGCCCCGCCCCCUCCGCGCGUGCACAACAUGCCUUCAGAUGGGAUGGUCGGCGGGGGGCCCCCUGCGCCCCACAUGCAGAACCAGAUGAACGGCCAGAUGCCGGGGACCAACCAUAUGCCUAUGCAGGGGCCGGGGCCCAGCCAGCUCAACCUGACCAACAGCUCCAUGAGCAUGCCCGCCAGCAGCCACGGGUCCAUGGGCGGCUACAGCCACGCGGUGCCGUCCUCCCAGAGCGUGCCGGUGCAGAGCCAGAUGACCAUGAGCCAGGGCCAGCCCAUGGGGAACUACGGCCCCCGGCCGAACAUGAGCAUGCAGCCGAACCAAGGUCCAAUGAUGCACCAGCAGCCUCCUUCCCAGCAGUACAACAUGCCCCAGGGCGGCGGGCAGCACUACCAGGGUCAGCAGCCGCCCAUGGGGAUGAUGGGCCAGGUCAGCCAAGGCAAUCACAUGAUGGGCCAGAGGCAGAUGCCGCCCUACAGACCGCCCCAGCAGGGCCCGCCCCAGCAGUACUCGGGCCAGGAGGACUAUUACGGGGACCAGUACAGUCACGGCGGACAGGGGCCUCCGGAAGGCAUGAACCAGCAGUAUUACCCUGACGGUCAUAAUGAGCACGGUUAUCAGCAACCGUCGUAUCCUGAGCAAGGCUACGAUAGGCCUUACGAGGAUCCCUCACAACAUUACUACGAAGGAGGAAGCUCCCAGUACGGCCAGCAGCAGGAGGCCUACCAGGGCCCGCCACCCCCGCAGGGCUACGCGCCCCAGCAGCAGCAGUACGCGGGCCAGCAGGGCUACGCCGGCCAGCAGCAGGCCUACGGUCCUUCCCAGGGUGGGCCCGGCCCUCAGUAUCCGAACUACCCCCAGGGCCAAGGGCAGCAGUACGGGGGGUACAGGCCGACGCAGCCCGGACCACCCCAGCCCCCGCAGCAGAGGCCUUACGGAUACGAACAGGGACAGUAUGGAAAUUACCAGCAGUGAAGGCUCGCACAUUCCAGUGACCACACCCGCCGGCAGCCACACCCGUGCGGCCCCUCCGGGAAGAGACCCUCCAUUCCACCGUUUUUUGGAGAAGCCUUGGGCUCGGGCUGCUCCUCAGCCAGCAGCCGUGCGGCUUAGUUGUGUAAAAGGCUUUAGUAGCUCAAAAAUACUCUUUAAUCUCCCAUUUCUACUCUAGAUGGCAACAUUGGACAGAAAAUAGGCCGCAACCCAUGUGCAGUGGUUUCGGGACUGUCUCAAACGGACUGUUACAGGCUGGACGGUGCGGGCAGCUUUGUAUGUUCUGCAGGUUAAGGGAAUUUAAUACUUUUCCACAGAUUCUUUUGUAAGGGGGGAGAGGGAAAUGUACACUUUUUACAGUUAGCACUAUUUUGUAUAUUAUGUUUAUUCCAUGUGGUGAAUGUGCCGAACAGUACACUGUGUGUGGGACAGAGUCAGCCAUCCUGUCAGCGAGGGCUGGGCGUGUGGGCGCCUCAUUGUGUUGGUCUCUGGUGAGGCUGCAGGUCCCAUGGGGAAGCCACCUGCCGCCAUGGUGCUCAGAGGAAGUCAGCUUCCUCACCUGACAGCUAAUCCGGGGCACUGGGAUGCAGUUUUGGGUAAAAAGACUUUUUUUUAAAGCUUUCCAGUUUUGUGGAUUAAAAUUUUUUAUAACGAUCACUUAUAAUACAGUUUUAAAAUGUGAGGUAAUAAGAAUUACUUCACGUUGGAUCUGAAGAAUCUUGGUAAAGGGUUCAAGUAAAUGAAAUGGUAAUCCUCUCCUAAAAUAGCAGGAAGUGGAAGUGUUAAUUUACCUUGUUAAUCAGGGGAGUUAGUAAUAGCAAAGCAUUUUAUACGCUAUCAAGGAAAGGCCAACAUUGAUUCGGUCAUUUUAACAUCAGGUUAGAUGGUUUAUAUACUAGGAUAGUUCAAGAGACUUACAAACCUUUAUUUCAACGUUCUUAACUGGAAAUAGUAUACAUUUGUAAAGGGACAUGAGUUUUCCCUUCUCAUGUUGGUGAAUAUAACAGAGAUGUUGCUGAGGCUCGCAGGACUAUUGGAAGGACGGAGUGCGUCUGGGUCACUGUGCUCACUAGCAGGGCGUAGCCACCAUGUGAGACGCUGGGCCUGGUCAUUCAGCUCAGUGCAGGGACAGUGCCCGAGGCAGGAGGCCUGCAUGGAGGGCUCCAAGCACAGCCACUCCGGCAGGUCUGAACGCAUCCAGCCCAGAGGUAAGUGCCGUGCCCAUCACGGCUGCCCAGGCCCAGGGGACAAGGCGUGCUCUUUGCCAUUGACCGGGCUUCCCACUGCCCCGGAAAGGAAGCGGAGGGCCUGCCUUUCCCCUGAGUGAGGCAGAGCCGUGCCCAGCACACGGCCGUCGGAGAAGGACCUCCGGGUCUGUGUGCGAGAGGCGCGUGGGCCAAGGUCAGAGCAGGUCUCCCUCAGCGCGGUCAGCAGCAAGUGGACAUGGAGUCUGAGCGACAGCGCGGCCGGCCGGCGGGGGGCAUGCUGGCGGUUCUGUGCCAAUUCCCACCACUGUGUACUCGGUUGCUAUUUAAAACUGUACCAGCUCUAACGGAGGAAUAAAUUAUUUGUGAUUUUAA